AUGGGCGACGACCUGCAAUACAACGUGGCCCUGACGCAGCUCCAGGAGCAGUUGUAUGGGCUCAUGAAGCGAGGGACGCGGGCGCAGGUCGCCAAAGUCCACGCCAAGCUCGGCGUGCACUACAUCAACGGCGGCUUCAUCUCCGAGGCCAUUCUGCAGUUUGAACACGAACUCGCAAUCCGAAAAGAGCUCAAAGAGGUCGUGGCGCAAGAGUCGUGCAUGAACAACCUCGGCACCGUGUACCUCAAAGCGCGGGACCCGGAGGCUGCGAUGAGCUGGUUCACGCAGGCGCGCGACCUCGCUCUAGCACGUGCCAAUGUUUCCGCGCAGUGCCUUGUCCAGUACAACCUCUGCCUGGCGCACCACGCGCUCGGCAACGCCGCCGACGCAGCUCAGCUCGCGCUCGCCGUCUUCUCGACGCCGGAGUCGAUCGAAGAGAGCUUACGCGUCUCGGCCCUCCAAGUGCUCGCCGCCACCGACAGUGUCCUGCGCACCGGCGCCUUUCUCGAGCAUGCAACGAUGGCGUACGAGCGCGCCGAGGGGCUUGGCGACCCGGUCCUCCUUGCGUCCUGCGCGAGCGCGUUGGCCAUCUACCACUUCGAGGCGCAGGCGUGGGACGAGUCGGCCAAGUACUUUGACAUUUGCCUCCGCAUGGCCAUCGCGUCCAAGAACCUCAAGGCCGAAGCCGUUGCUCACUACCACGUCGGGUCGGCGCUCGCCGAGGCCGGUCAGCGCAAAGCCGCCGAGGCGCACUUCCUCCUCGGGCUCGAGCAGGCCAAAUCGCUCGAGGCCAACGACCUCGCGGCGCUGCUCCAGGCCAAGAUCGGUCUCGAGUACCUUUGCCACCACGACACGUUUGUUGCCAAAGCCGAGCUCAGCGUCGCGCUGCAGAAAGCGAGGUUCGCCGGCAGCCACGUCGUCGAGAGCUACGUGCUCACGGGCCUCGGACACGUGCACAUGAUGGAGUCGCUUGUCGCCGACGCAGCCGCUGUCUACGCAGCGGAUUUGGCGCUCUCGCCGCACGACCGCCCGUCGCAGCUGCGUGCACAGAGCAACCUCGGCGUCGCUGCCCUUGUCGCCGGCGACCUCGACGAAGCGAUGAACCACUUUCGCGCCAACUCGCGCACGGCGGCGAUCCUCGGCCACCGUAAAGAAAUGGCGCGCGCGCAUUAUGGCAUGGGCCUCGUCGCCAAGGAAAAGAAGCGGCGGGGCGAGACGCUGUCGGCCGCGGACGAGCCGGUCCAGUUGUUUCAGCGCCAGCGGUCGCUGGCCGUCGAAGCCGGCGCCCGCCAUCUCGAGAUCCUUGCGCUCAAGGAACUCGUGGCCGUGUACGACAUGGCGCUCGCGUUCGAGAAGGCGCAGGACGAGUGUGACGAGCUCAUUCGGCUGGCCGUCGAGACUCCGGGCGAGACGGUCCAUCUGCUGGAGGCGUACCGGUCGCUUGCCAACGUGCUGUCGUCCCAGCUCAGCCUUCUCCAACAGCGCGGCAGUCGCUUCCACGACACGAUCAAGGUGCUCAUGCACAAGCGCGAAGAAGCGUGCAACAAGUACAAGCAGCUCUCCGAUGCCUCGCUCAUCGAGUCGGGACCUCCGAUGCGCCAAGACGUCGACCACGUCCUCCGCGUCACCUUCAAGUAAAAAGCCGCACACGGUGCUUGUCUAUUCGGCGUUCUGGAGGAAGGCUUCGAUGGUCUCGAGGACGGCGAGGCCCGUGCCUUCGAUCUUGAGGAUCGCGCUGGGCACUUCGGACCAGUCGUAAAUGCACUCGUCGCUCGUGUCUGGGUUGAUGCGAAUCAAGUUUGCUUGCCGCGUCGUGAGCGACCGC